AUGGAAGCAGAAGAGUGUGAUCAAUAUCUGGAGUGGAUACCUUUUUCCUCUUUUAUUAAUGUCAACAAAUCUGAAAUUUCCGAGGCUGGCACUUUAUUUACUGCUAAUUGGGUAAAAGGACCUGCCGAUACUUGGGACAGUGCAGAAGGUCAAUUUAUCACAAAAAGAGGUUUGCUUAAAGUUGGAUUGACUUCUUUUGGUAAUUCGGCUUCUCUUUUUUUGAAAGAGCUUAAAAUUCAUUUUUAUUCUCGAAAUCGCAAUGGUCUGAUUAUACGUCUUUUUGGAGUGACGCGUGAAUCUGUAACUAACAAUCUUAUGAUGGUCGCCGAAACCGUGGAAUGGGAUUUACGUCAUUAUGUUUCUCAUCAUUUUAUUCGUCUCACCUGGGAAAAUAAAAUAGCAAUCUUGCACACGAUAGUAUGUGCUCUCGAGAAUUUGAAAAGUGGUCAAGAAGUGCAACAAGAAUUUGAAAACAACAAUACUAUUAAAUCACACAUAGAAAUUCCACUUAAUGAAUUAGGUUUGGGUGAAGGAAAAGAAUUGAUUCCCGUAAUUGAUAGACGUCCUGUUGUAUCAGAACUAAGAAAUAAAUUGAGUGAAUGGCACCUCUACGGAAAACAAAAGGAACAGUUUGACAUUGCUGAACAAAAAAGAAUCAAACGAGUACUGACCAAAGGAUUAAAUCCUGAUCCCAGUAAAAUGAUUGCUCCUCCAAGAAUUCAUCCCCAGGCAAUUUACACAAGUAGAUUAUUAAAAUUCCCGGCACUUCCUUUGACAAAAAAUAAUCAGAGAACUCCGAGAAGGUCUCUAUCGUAUGAUGAACAUGUCAAUGGCCGCAUGCAAAUUAGUUCACAAGAUCUAGCUUCGAUUCUUGUACGAGAUGAGAGUUUUUUCUCUACUGGGAGUCUUAUGCAACGUCGUCAAGUCUAUCCGGAGCCUGGACUUGAACAAACAGAUGAAGAUAUCUUGAAACAAUAUGACCUUUCUAUUCCUAACGAUUUUGAUCCCUUAAAUAGCAACAGUGAUGAUUCUAAUAAAAAUAGUGAAAUUAAUAACGAAGAGGUAUCAAUUUAUGACUUAGAAAACUGCGCAAGUAACCGCGUUUCAAAUUUGGAUGGGGUUACUUCAUAUAAUGUUCCGGAAAAUGACAGUGGGACAAACUGCACGAGUUCUUUGCAAGAUAAAACGGAAUAA